UGUGAUGUACAACACUAGUAACAAAAUGGCAUCGAUUUGUGUUUAUUGUUGUGUUUUUAAAAAUAAUUAAAUAAAAACGAGUGUUUUUAAGCUUUUUUUAUGCUUAAAAUAUACGCUUUAUUUAGAUAAAUCGCAUGAGUCGAUAUUUAUCACCUUUCGAGCUGAGAAUGAAUAGGUUUUCAUUCAUAAUUCUUGUUUAAUCUUAGUGUCUAGUGAAAGUUGAUCGUGAACAAAAACAAAUGUUAACGAAUUUAUCAUUAAAAUGGAUAUUAAAGAAGAACAACUAUGUUAUAAACUACUUUGCAACGCUUGCCUCUGUGUUGGAAGGAAGUUACAUAAAAUAACUGAUGAGAAAACACGAAAUUAUUACUUGAAUGCGUUGGGCGAAAUUCCUUUGUACAACCCAUCUACAGUGAAUCUCCAGAUAUGCUGGGAGUGUAACGCACUGCUGCAGAAGAGUGUGGCUUUCAAGGAGCAGGUGCAGGACUCAUAUAGGAUAUUGCAGACUUAUACUAACGAGAAUCUCCACGAAUGCCUGCUAUCCGACGUGAGUCGUCCGCCUCGGUUAAAGCUCCAUAAAGCUGAUCCAGUCAACAUACUGCCGUCUGAUGGCUUGCAGACCUUUUCAGAACCUAUCAAUUGCCUUAAAGAUGAAUUCAAAGAGGAGUGUAGAGAUGAUGACGAUGAAAACGCGUUGGAAGAUGAUGGCAUACUGUCAGAUUCAUCUGACAAUACCAAACGAUCUGAAUCUGACAUCCAGGAUGUUAUGUGUUCCGUGAAGGGUAGAGAUAAGAGAAAGAGAGUUAGCACUAAAACUAGGAAAGCUAAAAAAGGGAAGAAAAGUAAAGAGCUACAAGACUGUCUGGAAUUAGAUCAUCAAGAAGACACAGUUCCAGAAGUAUCUAUGGUGUGUGUCAAAGAAAAAUUCAAAGAAGAAUGGGAGGAGAAAGAAGACAUAAAUGCACUAGGCGACGUUGAUAACGACAUGCUAUCGGACUCGUCUGACAAUACGAAAGCAUUAAAUGAUAUCCAGGAUACUACGUGUGUGAACCAGGCAGACGAGGAACCAAGAGUCAGAACAAUGGAGAAAGCUAAGAGAGUCAGGAGAGGUAGGCCAAAAACAAUAAAAUCUUUGCGGCAAAAUAUUCUAACUAUAGAGCUAACGUAUGAAGAGUUACUCGUAGAAAGAGACAGAGAAUCGGCGAGAGAGAGUUACGUAAAGGCGCAAUACAAAUGCGAGAGCUGUUUGAUUGGAUUCAAUUAUAACAAGUCUUAUCAAGCUCAUGUUGCAGCUAAACAUUCCGAGGACCUGGGCGACUACAUAUGUCCCAUAUGUAAGACCAUAGUACCGUCCAUAGACUCAUUCACCGCGCACUACAAGCGGCAUAUGAGAAGAUACGAGUGCAGUAUCUGCCACAAGCGCACCCUGGACAUCAAGGUGAUGCAGCAGCACUACUACUCCACGCACGAGAUCUCGCUCAAGGAGUACAAGUGUAAUAUUUGCGGGAAGGUGUCUAACUCCAUAGACUCGCACCGCUACCACAAAGACACGCACAAGGCGCGCCUGCAGUGCACAGAGUGCGACAAGACGUUCCGCCAUCGGACGGGACUUAUGAAUCAUAGGCUGGCGGUACACGAGUAUCACAACGCGUUCCCCUGCACCGUUUGUGAGAAGGUAUUCAGAUGGAAGACCAGUUUAAAACGGCAUCUAGAGAAGCAUGAGGUUAUGAAGGGCAAAUCACCAUCGUCCGCAGCUUACUGUUCAACUUGUAAUAUUAACUUUUCGUCCAUAUGUUCCUACCAACGACAUCUGAAGAUCAGUUUGAAACACGUCACACAGGAUCAAUUCAAAUUUAUAUGUGAUCACUGCAACAAAAGGUUCUCUGAUAAAACGAAGAUCAGGGAUCAUAUAGAAGAGAAACAUCUACAUAAGACGUUCCAAUGUCAUAUAUGUCUUAAGACUUCAAAGAACCGUGUGGGCUUGGACCAACAUAUAAGGAACGUGCACAAAGGCAGGCCUAACAACAAGAUGUGCCAUCACUGUGGGAAGGGAUUUCCGACAAAAGUGCAGCUAGAAUCGCACAUCCGCACGCACACUGGAGAGCGACCGUUCAUCUGUGAGUUCUGCCCGACCACGUUUUCUCAGCAGUCUAAUCUAUACAAACACAAUCGACAAGUACAUUUAAACAUUAAAUCUAAGCGCUAUCCUCUAGGUAAGGGGAAGAUUGACAAGCCUCCAGAAAUACCUACUUUAGACCCUACGCCCAUGGACCAAUACAGGCUACCUAUGUUACAGUAUUCUGCUGAAAAGUCUUUCGUCAUAUAAUAGAGGUGAUGACGGCGUAUAAUAUACAAUGUGAUAGGGGUGAGACUUCUAACCCGUUAAGACUGAGUACUACAUCUAAUUUUAUCGACAAAAAAAUAAUAUGGGGGGUGAACCCCCUCCCCCUAAAAAGUAUGGCUAUUUUAAUAUUUUUUUUACUUUAUGUGAUAUCAAAGGUUGUAUGCGUCGUAGAAACAAAAACAAAACGACAAACGGUAGCUAAUAACCUUGGCUAACUAAUUCAUUACUUUUUUUAUAGUUUGAUAAUGUUUUGGUGAAAAAAAAAUCAUUUCUGAAUUAUUUUUACCGAAAAGUCACUAUUUUUCAAUAUUUUCAAUUGGGGGUUCAACCCCCUAUAUUAUUUUUUUUGUCGAUAAAAUUAGAUGUAGUACUCAGCCUUAACGGGUUAGAAGUCCCACCCCUAUCACAUUGUAUACAUUCAGGUUUUUUUCUCUGAUCCGGAGCUGCGGACUACCUAGCGGGUUACCGGGGUUCCGGCUCGAAAAGCAGGAGUAGGAACGGGGUGGUUUUUAGUCAUUCAAGAAGUAAUUGGAUGAUUUCCCCCUUAAAAAUAAAGAUUUUUUCUAUAUUUUUACAAAUUAAUUUAUUAUUGAAUCUGUUAUUUACCAAAAUUUUAGGUCUCUACAACGCUUAGUUUUAAAGAUCUCUAUGGCCUCGCGGUUCGGUGCGUUUAUAACAUUAUAUAUAACAUUACUUAACUUUAACUUAUAACAUUUUGUUGGUAAUUGAGAACGCAACCUUUGUCAUUUUAAUGUUGUCAGAUUUAUAAAUAAAUCGUUAUUGUUAGGUUGGCAACACCUUUUUCUCUCUAUCUUAUGUUUUUAGCUAGUUUAACUCAAUAUAUUCUAGCCACUCAAACGUUCGCGUGCGACACCUGUCAACACCUUGUACGUUCACGCGCUCGAUCUGUGUUGAACCGCGUCGAGCGCCCCAUGCCGUUACCGAUUCAAAGUGUAUUUUCUAGCAAACUAUUGCAGCUAUAGCAAAGUAAAAAAUACCAGUAUAAAGCUGAAUUAUUAAGGAAUCAAAAUAUAUACUAAUUAAAGUACAGAAAUCAAUCACAAAUGCAUAAAAAAAGUUGAACUUAACAGAACGGGCUAAAUAUUUAUUUGUUUUUUUGAACAAGUUUUAACUAAACGUUAUUUAAUUAUUUAUUUUCGUUGUUUUAUUUUGAAAGAAUGAAUCUUAAGGAUUAUUUUACUAUACAACACUAAUACAGUAGGAUGAUAAAUAAAUGAAUACUUCAAUUUUAAACGCAAACACUUCACAAAACUUGACACACAGUUUAAACAAUUAUUUUUUAUAUUCUUGCUGUCACCUGGCAUACUGUUUUACCGUCCAAUAGAUGCGUUAUUUAAUACAGAUCCAUCUAGUGUAACAUUCGUAAAGCUCUUUGAAGCUUGUCAUAGAUAAAAAUUCGUUGGAAGUGAACAAGUCAAAUGGGCUGCUAUAGUCGCCCGGACGUUUAACGCCAAAUAUUUUUGGGCGACUAUAGUCGCCCGGACGUUUGAGUGGCUAGUAUUUUUCCGUAUUCUAAACAGUUUUGUUUAUCACCCAACUCUUAAAAUCCUCACUUUCUAACCAUAAUUUUGACAAAUUUAAGCUUUUGGCAAUCAACUUUGACUAAUUAUAACAAAAUCUUGAGUUUUUUUAUGUAAUAAAAUUGCCAUAGCCGCGCGGUCGAAACGGACAUCUUUGCUCCCAAGUGUAUUGAACUUGUAUUUUUACCGACUUCACAAAAAGGAGGAGGUACUAUGUUCGGCUGUUUGUAUGUUUUUUUUUUUUUGUAUGUUUGUUCAUCGAAUACUCCGUCAAUUGUCGACGGAUUUUCAAAAUUCUUUUUUUGUUCGAAAGUAGAUAGUUCUGAGGUGGUCCCAUUGUCACCAAGUUAGGAUCUGAUGAUGGAAUCUUAGAGAAAUCGAGGGAACUCCUCAAAUAUUAUAGGGAACUAUAUAGUGAUUUUGGUAUAUUCAUCUAGAAUUGAAGCAUUUACCGUCAAAAAGUAACCUUUGAAGAGGUGGAACUGAUGAAGAAGACCAGAAAUGGCCAAUGGAACUUCAUACUCACAUAGAAAUCACAAUAAAGUUAAUUAAUACUCCGUCAAUUGUCGACGGAUUUUCAAAAUUCUUUUUUUGUUCGAAAGUAGAUAGUUUUGAGGUGGUCCCAUUGUCACUAUGUUAGGAUCUGAUGAUGGGAUCUUAGAGAAAUCGAGGGAACUCCUCAAAUAUUAUAGGGAACUAUAUAGUGAUUUUGGUAUAUUCAUCUAGAAUUGAAGCAUUUACAGUCAAAAAGUAACCUUUGAAGAGGAACUGAUGAAGAAGACCAGAAAUUGCCAAUGGAACUUCAUACUUACAUAGAAAUCACAAUAAAGUUAAUUAAGUGACUGUGACAAUACAAAUAAAUAAAGUAGUUAUUGAGAUAGAGAAUUUUAACUGACUUUUUUAGUUGCGAUACUGAGUAUCGCAACUAAAAAGUGUGAAAUAAAAUACUUUUUACAAAAUAAACCGACUUCACUAAAAAAGUUAAAAAUAACUUUAAUUUCGGAAGUCGGUGUAGCAAACUAAUAAUACCGAGAAACACCGACUUCCGAAAUUAAAGUUAUUUUUAACUUUUUUAGUGAAGUCGGUUUUAAUGUAUAAUAUUGUAUACUGUAUAGUAGUAAGAAAUGUAUUUUGCAUGUAUAAUAAUAAAUAUGAAAUUGUAUGCAAUGUC